AUGCCCGGCUCCCUCAAGAGAGCGUUUGGCAAGAACCGCCUUUCCCAGUCAGCCAGCUUUGAGGUUGGCGUCGGCUUCCAACUUUGCCCUCCGAGUCUGGGAAGAUGCAAGCUCCCGUCAGAAGGAGCGUCACCGUUCCCUCACAGGGCAAAAGGCGUCGCCCAUCCCUCCCCAAAGCACCACAACCCAAACAACAGCCACGGUCUCCCCGGCCUCUCCCCUCCCCUCCCCCAUCCGUCGGGGAAAGGAGCGAGCGAGGGCGCAGACGCCCCAGGUCGAGUCCUCCUCAGACGGUCCCCACCGACGCGUCCGCGAAUGAACCUGCAGCCGGCGGAGCCAGGGGGCACGUUCAGACGCGCUCCCGGCGGCCAGCGUCCCGGAGGGAACGAGAGAGCGAGCGAAGUUCCGGGGCGCGUCCGGGAGGAAAACUUUUGCCCGAUUGGGGCUGAGGAGGCUGCGGCGGUGGCGGCGAGUGUGGGGGCUGCGCCCGCCGCCACGCUGUCCCUGUGCCGCGCGUCCGGGCCGUCCCCGCCUCAGCGCCGGAUUCUCCGUCUGGCCCCCGGCGCACCCACUCCUGUCAGCUCCGGAGAGCUCUAUCCAUCCCGUAACGUUCCGUAUCUCCCAGCCGCUCGGCAUCCUCACUUCAGACCCUCGGCCACCCCCGAAUCCAGUCACCCCUACUGA